CGCUGAUCGAGGGCGGCUCGGACAGCUUUUAGAAGCUUUUCAUCAGUGCAGCCGUGAUCUCCAGCUGACAGCAGCCUCCCAGGAACAGUGUUUGGAACUGUGCCAUGAGAAGCAACCUGUCCUGAAGGUCCUUUCACUCCAUGCAUCGCUACCCUCCUAACUUUGCACAAAUGGACCCUCAGGUGGUUCCGCCACCUCUGAGCAGCAGCCAGUCUGUGAUGAGCGGCCUCGAAAAAUCUCCAGCCAGCACCUUUAAACCUGGCCACUCGCGCACUAGCAGCACCGGCUCCUCCAAACACUCGAAACAGGGCCGUCACUGGGAGGUGAUGGAGGACCUGCAGCCUCAGGACAUAUACUCAGCGCCCAGCUCCUCUGUGGACCUCAGCAUCCCCGGCAUCUGUGAGGGCUACCUGAUGAAGAGGAGGAAGUACCCGCUCAAAGGCUGGCACAAGAGAUACUUCAUAUUGGAAAAAGGAAUUCUCAAGUACUCAAAGACGCAGCAAGAUAUUCAAAGAGGAAAGCUCCAUGGCUCUCUGGACGUCAGCCUGGCUGUGAUGUCCAUCAACAAGAAGUCCAAAGGCAUAGACCUGGAUGCUGGAGACAACAUCUACCACCUCAAGGCAAAGAGCCAUGACCUCUUCUACAUCUGGUUGACGAAGCUGUGUGCACAUCGUGUGUUCAGGAAGAACGAGGCGAUGGGCGUCCAUCAUGGCGUCCUCCAUGCUCUCUCCAUGGUCCCCAGCACUCUGCCCGCCAUGGCUUCUCUCACCCAGUCCAACAGAGCCACGCCUCCUCACUAUGCCAGCUCGGCAUCAGUUUACCACCAAGAGAUGAGAAACCCCGCCCCCGCCGUGGCCUCUCACCCAGGGGUGACCAGCAAGGUGUCAGCGUGGCUGCAGCAGACCCAAGACAUCGACGCCACCUCCAACGACCUGGCUCGCUGUCAGAUGGAGCUGGCGGAGCUGGCCCAGCUCAUCCAGAGGCUCCACUGGCUGGAAGGAGGCCUGCCCAUCACCAACACAGACCUGGAGAUGAGAAUCAGCAUGCAGAAUCUGUCCCUGGAGAAACCCAAGAGGAAGACAGGGAAAGGAUUUGGUCACUCCAGGACCAUGUCCCGCGUCGAAGCCAUGGGGGGAAUGUUCACCUCCAGCCACCUCAGUACCAACGGCAGUGGAGCAUCUGUUAAGUCCAUCCCAGACUACGUUUACUCUCAGCUGUCCAACCCUCAGGUCACAUCGCCCGAGGCCAAGAAGCUCCACCAGGACAUCUGCAGCUCCUCUCAGAGAGUUCACACGUCUCUCAAGUCAGUCCAUGAGAUCCUGACCUUGGAGAGAGAGCGACUGAGGCAGGCCUGGACCGGCCCCGACCUGAGGCACAACACCUCCCAACAGCUCACCACACUGUGCAGCACAAUGUCUGAGCUUGACAUACAGUCCCGUCUCACCAAAGUCCACUCCCUUUCCCUGUCCUCUGACUCUUCUGAGGAAUCAUUCUGCACCGUCCGUCUUGACCAGAGGACGCCCUCAUUGAGCCGUCCGUGUCACCGCACGCCCUCCGUGGCCGAGUCCAUGGCCGAGUACUUUGACGCCAGCGAGGUGAUCGUGUGUGAGAGCUCUUCAGAGGCCGAGGCUUCAGAUGAGUCGGGCCUGAGUGACAUCACCACCACCAGCAACUCUGAGCCUGAGGAGGGGCACACCACAGCCACCCUCAACUACAGGGCCAGUCUGAACACCGCGGACAACCCCAGCCCAGUGCUCACUAAUACUGGCCGCCGCACGGUCCUCCCCGCCACAGGAGCAGGCAACAGCCACAUCGGCAUCAUGAACAUCCUGUACAACAACAUCGGGAAGGACCUGUCCAGAAUCUCCAUGCCGGUGGCUCUCAACGAGCCGCUGUCUCUGCUGCAGAGACUCAGUGAAGAGCUGGAGUACUCGGAGCUGCUGGACAUCGCCAACACCAUCGAUGAUCCAUAUGAGAGGAUGGUUUACGUGGCGGUGUUCUCCAUCUCUGGAUACGCCUGGGCGUCCUGGAGGAAUCGCUAUAAACCCUUCAACCCUGUUCUGGGAGAAACGUACGAGAGUCAGAGAGCAGACCGGGGCUUCACAUUCCUCAGUGAGCAGGUCUGCCAUCACCCGCCCCUCUCUGCCUGCCACGCAGAGUCAAAGAACUUCACUUUCUGGCAAGAUCAAAGAUGGAAGAACAAGUUCUGGGGGAAGUCUAUGGAGGUCAUCUCUUCUGGACUGGUCAAUGUUUCCCUGCCCCGGUACGGUGAUCACUAUGAAUGGAACAAGGUAGUGACAUGUAUACACAACGUGUUGAGUCAGGAGCGCUGGUUGGAGCACUACGGGGAGGUGGUCAUCAAAAACACAAAGGACGACAGCUGCACCUGCAAAAUCACCUUUGUCAAGUCCCGCUACUGGAGCUCAGACAACAGUAAGAACGAGGUGCAGGGCGUGGUUCUGGACCGGGCCGGAGAGGUGGUGCAUCGAUUCGGAGGCCAGUGGCACGAAGGCAUUUUCUGUGACACCCUGUCCACACCAAAGUGCAUCUGGAAGCCUACCGUGCAGCCCGAUGACUACGCCCAGUUCUACGGCUUCUCCCGUUACGCCAGAGAGCUGAACGAGCUGACCCCCGAGCUGAAGGCCGCCCUCCCCCCCACAGACACUCGCUUCAGACCAGACCAGAGGCUGCUGGAGGAGGGAAAGGUAGCAGAAGCAGAUAAAAAGAAGGAUGAGGUGGAGGAGAAGCAGAGGGAGAGGAGGAAGGAGAUGACCAAGACGGGGGAGGAGCACGUCUCCAGGUUCUUCAGGAAAACUGUGGACGAGGCAGGCAGAGAGGUGUGGCGCAGCAACGACACCUACUGGAAGCUGCGGCAAGAGCCUGGCUUCGCCUACACCGACAACCUGGACCUGUGGUCCUGAACACUGAGGGCAUGAAGAGCAGUGAAACGCCCCGUGAAUGGUAAAAAAAUGAUGAAUGUAUCCAUGUUAGUAUACAUGAAUAUGAACCUCUUAGAGAAGAUGUAAAGAUCCAGAGGCCUGCUGCUACCAUGAGACGUAGAGAAUUCAUGAUCAAAAAGCAAAUCUUAACUUUAUAUCUGUUUUUUAAGCUUUUUACCGAGGCCUUUCGAAAAGAGGAUUGAAGCCUCUGUGUGUAUGUAAAGUGUUUUGUAUCAUAUUGUUGGGACCAAUAUCGGAUAUUAUUUUGUUAGUUUAAAAAUGUCUAUUUUAAGUAAGGCUCAUUCUGAUAGUUGUGAUGGGUAAUGAAUACUUGCAGAAGCUUGCUUCCUGCGGGGGGGCCGAGGACUCAGGGCCCAGGACCCGGGCCAUCAGGUCCUGGUGGGGUGUGUUACAGGUGAACUGGUGCUGUCCUGCUCCCUUGUCUGUGGGUCUUAUUAUUUAAACGUGUGUCCAUUUGUAAAAUCUGGGUUUUUUUAAAUGUUCUGAUGUGAACACAUUGGUGAUGCGUCGUCCUCCUGCUGAUUGGGUCUGUCCGUCCUGGCAGCCUGUCCUCUCGUCUGUAUGAUUUGUUAAUAUCCUAAAUGAGCUGACGGGCGAGGGUUUUACCUUCUGUGCCUGGCGCUCUGUUGAGGCAGUGAAGUGUUUUUAUUGAUGUUUCAACAAUGGAUUUUAAUAAGGAAAAGAGACUACUGUUAAACCCAGUGAACGUGUUUUCUUAAUGCUUUUGUUUCAAAUAAAAGGUACCAAAAUCAA